AGGAAAAUCUUCGCCAACGUAACGGAAAGGGUGAUGUCCACAAAGCAGACGUAUCGACCUUGCGGCUUGUUUUUUAGUUUCUUAGAGCCACUUCAGUUGUUGCAGACAAAGGCGUAUGACUACUCGCUUCUCUCCAAGCAGUUGCAGACGCAGCAGGUGGCCGCGCAGCCGCCGCGCAGGCCGCAGCGGUUCCUACGAAUAGACUCCCUGCCGCAGGAGCUUGCCAUGGUAUAUACCGCCUACGCAGCUGCCCUCCGGCACUCCGCGCUCCAGCACUACAUCAGCAACGUUAGCGGGCACCUGGCGGAGGCGGCGGCAGCGCCGGCGGGGUCGGACGGGGCGGUGGCGGACGCCGACAGCGGCGAGACGGCGGCGACGGCUGCAGCAGCGUCCAGGGUGCAGCCUGCACUGACGGCGGCAGUCGCGGGGCUGCGACGCGCGGCCGGCGUGUACGACUUCCUCGCGGAGAAUCUGCUGCCGGCGUUACGGGGCGCGGGCGCGCUGGCAGCCGGCGACAGGCCGCUGGAGCUGCUGCCAGCUGCGGCCCUCUGCAUGAAGCAACUGUGUCUGGCGGAGGCUCAGGCGCUGGUGGCUGUGGCGGCGGAGGUGAAGGGCAUGUCACCGGGCACGCAGCGGGCUCUGCAUGCAGGCGCGGUUCGCUUUGAGGGGUUUGGGGGCUGCGUGUCGCUGUACCGCGCGGCGGCGGCGGCGGCCCAGGCGCUGGCAGCUGCCGCCCCAUCCGGACUCCCCCUCUCUGACCGCCUGACCCACCGGCUGCUACCCGCCGCUGUGGCGAUUCACGGGGCCCGAGCUCAGCUUUGUGUGGCCAGGGAACGGCAGAUAGCUCUGGAACUGGGGGAGGCUGAGGCGGCGUGUGAGGAAUGCCUCCGGCUGCUGGAAUCGGCGAGUCGGUAUUUGGACCGCAGAUGUGAUUCGGAGUCCCCUGGGUUGGAGUUCGUGCAGGCCCUCUUUAUUAAAAUACAAGCAACUACCAGCGGUAUCAACGAUAUCAAAGUCACUGCCAGUCAGCCAGUGGGUAAGUCGGCGGACCGGGCAGCCUGCACCGCGCUGCGAUCUGCCGUUCAGCGGGACCGCCUGGCCGUCACCUUCCAGCCACUGCCCAAGCACCCGCCUGACGCGGUCGCCAAUGCCGCGGUCCGCGUAGCGCCGGACGUGUUCCAGCCUGAGCCCGUGCUGCCGCCGGCCCCGCCGGCAGAUGUACAAGCCAGGAGUGGCUGCAACAUCAUGUGA